AUGUACUUCAAUGAUCUAGUUACAGUUGUCCUCUCCGUUGUCACCUUUUUUCUGGCAAUUUUUUUAUUCGGUCAGAAGAAAAAAGUUCAUCCAAAUUAUCCUCCUGGACCACCAUGUUUGCCUAUCAUUGGAAAUAUGCACCUUAUUAAUGUGAACAAACCUUACUUAACGUUUCACAAGCUUGCUGAGAAAUAUGGUUCAGUGUACAGUGUACAGAUAGGACUUGAGAAGAUGGUUGUGCUGUGUGGCUAUGAGACGGUGAAAGACGCACUGCUAAACCAAGCCGAGAAGUUUUCUGGAAGACCACAUGUGCCCGUUUUUAUGGACAUAACCAAAGGACAUGGUAUUGUAUUCUCUAAUGGUAAUAAUUGGAAAGCCAUGAGACGAUUCGCUCUCUCUACACUGCGAGAUUUCGGAAUGGGGAAGAGAACAAUAGAAGAUAAGAUCAUUGAAGAGUGUCACAGCUUGAUGAACGUUUUUAAAGCCUACAAAGGAAACCCUUUUGAAAACACCAUGAUCAUGAAUGCUGCUUUGGCCAAUAUCAUUGUGUCCAUACUGCUUGCUGAUCGCUUUGACUAUGAUGAUCCAAAACUCCAGAGGCUUUUGAAAAUAGUCAAUGAUUUUAUCCGCAUUAUGGGUUCCCCAAUGGCUUUGUUGUACAAUGCUUUUCCAUCUGUGGUCCGAUGGCUUCCCGGGAGUCACAGAGAAAUCAUUCCAAACGUAGAAGAAAUACACACUUUUAUCAGAGAGACCUUCACCAACCAGAGGAAUCAGCUGGAUGUGAAUGAUCAGAAGAAUUUGAUUGAUGUCUUCCUUGUCAAACAAAAGGAGGAAAAGCCAAAUCCAGAGUUAUAUUUUCAUGACAAAAACCUAACAGUUCUGGUGACGGACUUGUUUGCGGCCGGAAUGGAAUCAACCUCCACCACUCUCCGAUGGGGCCUCCUGCUGAUGAUGAAAUACCCAGAAGUUCAAAAAAAUGUUCAGCAGGAAAUUGAAAAAGUUAUCAGUUCUGGGGAGCCUCGUCUGAUACACCGAAAAGACAUGCCAUAUACAGAUGCCGUUAUCCAUGAAAUCCAAAGGUUUGCCAAUAUUGCACCAACAAGUGUUUCACAUGUCACCACCCAAGACGUGACUCUCAAAGGAUUCUUUAUACCCAAAGGAACUCAAGUCAUCCCAUUACUCUAUUCUGUCUUACGAGACAAAGAGCACUUUGAGAAGCCAGAAGAAUUUUACCCUCAGCAUUUUCUGGACUCUGAUGGGAACUUUGUUAAUAAGGAAGCUUUCAUACCAUUUUCUGUAGGUAAGAGAAGUUGUGCUGGAGAGACGUUGGCUAAAAUGGAACUGUUCCUCUUCUUUACAACACUGCUGCAAAACUUCACCUUUCAGGCUCCACCUGGAGCGAAACUGGACCUCACAGGGGAUGUUGGCUUCACAACCCCUCCACUGAAGCAUGAGAUGUGUGCAAUUCCUCGCAAUUAA